AUGACACAUCUCUGUAAGACCUCGUGCUUUUCCUCAGAGAACUUUUGGAUAAACCCGCAGUACCGUCUCACAGUGAAGGCAGUGGAGGAGGACGCGAAGGGAGACAAUAAUGUCUUACUGUCUGAUGAAGAAUAUCGCAGCAAAGUUAAAUAUCACGCCAUUGCGUUCACCAUCUACAAGGUACCAUCAGAGGCACCCAAAGGGCGACUUCCAUCUUCGCUCUUCUGGGAUAAGGAACCUCUGAAAGUCAGUGAGUUCAGCGAGUCGAGAGAACUAAUCGAGUUUCAUGGUUUGGAGCCCGGGGAGUACUUGAUCGUUCCCUGCACGUAUGAACCCAACAAGACCGCAAGCUUCAUCAUCACAAUCUACUCCAAGGCAGAGACCGAGAUGAAAGUCUAUCUGAAGCCUCUCGUCAACAUGCCUGGAACUUGCACCUCUAUCAUCAACUUGCGUUACCAAGAUGGCAGCGAGGGGAGCCCCUCCAACCCUGCCAAGUACAACAACCAGGACUACACCCAGCUGAAAGAGAGCUACCUCCGCAGAAGGAGACAGUUUGUGGACAACACCUUCCCACCUGACAACCACUCUCUGGGUGACCUGCCUAAUCUGAGCAGCUGGCGUGAAGUCAAAUGGCUUCGACCAGUGGAAAUCUUGAAACUCCAAAACAUCGACAGCGAGCCUGCUUUCUGCACAAAUGGAGCCUCACGGUUUGACUUUGGUCAAGGCGGUGUGGGUAACUGCUGGUUUCUGGCAGCAAUCUCUGCACUGACUUUCCAUGAAAGCCUGCUGGUGCAGGUUGUGCCCAUGGACCAGUCCUUCAACAACUAUGCAGGGAUAUUUCACUUCAGGUUCUGGAGGUUUGGCAAAUGGAUUGAUGUUGUCAUUGACGACUACCUGCCAACACUGGACAACUGUUUGCUGUCUGUGCACACCAAGGGGGAAAACGAGUUCUGGGUUCCUCUGCUGGAGAAAGCAUAUGCCAAAGUGUGUGGCUCAUACGCAGACAUGAACACUGGGCUGCCAUCAGAGGCCUGCAAGGAUUUCAGUGGAGGCGUCCACAUGACUUACCAACUCAGGGAGGUCCAUACUGCAAACUAUGAUACAGAGCUGUGGCAGUCACUGAGCAAUGCCUCCGGGUGCAACUCAAUGAUUUGCUGUGGGAGUGCCCAGAAAGGGGGUAAGAUUGUGAACACUGUAGCUGACACUGGAUUGGUGGACGGACAUGCCUAUUCUGUCACAGCAGUCACUGAGGUUGAGUAUUACGGCUCCAAAGUGAAGCUGGUGCGCGUCAUGAACCCUUGGGGCCAAACAGAGUGGAACGGAAAGUGGAGCGACAAGUCGGAUUUGUGGCAGAAAGUGAGGCCAGAAGAUCGCGAGAAGUGUUCUGUCCGUAACGAUGGAGAGUUCUGGAUGGAGUUGGAGGACUUCUAUAACUACUUUGUGAUGUUGUCCAUCUGCUGUGAGAACCCUAACUUCCUUGACGGAGACUUCACCUGCCAGUGGAAAUGCAUGAUUUACGAUGGCAGCUGGGUAGCCGGGAGAUCUGCAGGUGGCAACGUGAACAAAUCCUCCUUUGCCACAAAUCCUCAGUAUCGCAUCCAGGUGACAAUAAUAGACGAGAAGGAGCAGGGAGACAAAAACAUCUUGCUCUCUCUGAUGCAGAAACCUCUGCAGCAGAACCGCAAAUCGAUAAGCUCAUACCCGAUUGGACUCACCAUCUUCAAGGUUCCACCAGGGUCUCCACGAGGACGCCUGCCCGCCGACUUCUUUAGAACAAACAGACCUGUGAAGGAUGCUUCUUACACCAAUCAGAGGGAUCUGAUUGAGAAUCACAGUAUGGAGCCAGGAGAGUAUGUGAUCGUCCCCUCCACCAUAAAGCCCAACAUGAGUGCAGAAUUCGUUCUCACUGUCUACUCCAAGUCUGAUGCUAAGAUCACCCCCCAUGAUGGACAUGAUGAUGAUGACGAUGACGUUCUUCCCGAGGUACCAACUGAAAAAGAGAAGGACCCCAUGCAUGCCUUGCUCAACCACUAUGCUGAUCAGAAUGGUGAGCUGAAUGCCAGACAGCUCCAGAAGCUCCUGAAUGAAAACUUCCCUCAUGGAACCCGUUACGGCUUUGCUCUGGACAACUGCAGUAGCAUGAUGGCCUUGGUGGAUACCGACCGAAGAAUGACGAUGUCCUUCUCUGAGUUCUCAACUCUCUGGGAGAAGAUGAAUGAAUACAAGAAACUCUUCCAUCGCACAGAUUUGAAUCAGAAGGGAUCCCUGUCCGACUAUGAGCUCAAGAGGGCAAUUGAGGCUGCAGGAAUGGACGUAAACGACGGCAUGGUGAGGAUGAUGAUGUUCCGCUAUUCUGGCUUCUCAUCCACCACCAUGGACAGCUUCAUUGUUCUUAUGUUACGCCUGGAAAAGACAUCAAGUAUUUUCAAAGACAGAUCAACAGACGGAGUGAUCCACAUGACCUGGGAGGAAUGGUCCAGCAGCUCCUUGUACAACUAG